AUGGGAAACAAAGGCAUGGAAGACCUUAUCCCUGUUAUGAACAAAAUUCAAGAUGCCUUUGCGCAUAUAGGACAACCAUCGUCCAUAGAUUUGCCUCAGAUCGCCGUCGUGGGAAGCCAGAGCGCUGGUAAAAGUAGUGUUUUAGAAAACUUUGUUGGAAGGUGAGUGUAAACGUUGAUAAUAGCUAUAAAGAAUCAAUCGAUGUUUACAACUCGAAUAUUGGCAUCAACGGCCUGAAUUUAUUUAAUAUUCUAGGGAUUUCUUGCCGCGAGGAUCCGGCAUUGUCACAAGAAGACCACUGAUUCUUCAACUUCAUCCAGCGAAGUCAGGUGAGCCUGGGCCCGGCAAAUUUCAGAAAAGUAAAUGUUUAUUGAAUGAAAUCUGAUCUACAAUGGCUCGUAAAGAUUGUUUCAAAUGUUUAGCAUUUGGAGUGGUAAAUUUAAAAUAGCAGAUCUGUUUUGUUACUUUUCGUCCAGUGAUCGACAUUGUCCUGAUAACAGUUGUGCCCAUUAAAAAAUUUUUGUGUUAACGUGUUCAUUUGAUUAAUAAUUGUAUGCAUUUUAUUCUGCUCUAAUCACUCGGGAAUUAGGAUUACGUGACAUUCUAAAAACAGAGAUGAUGAUCUCUUUUAGUUAAAACCAAAACUGCUGAUUGUAAAUCGUUGUAAAGUAGUCUUGAUGGUAAUGUGGUUUGAACAACAUGCAAUUUUUGUUGUUGCAUUCUGUCAGUUAGUUGAGUUAUUGUAAGGCUCGAUCGAAAACGUAAUGAUUUACAUUUAAGUUACAACCAUAAACUCGCCCCAUCAAGAAUAAAUAAAUAAAUGAAUAAAUAAAUAACAUAAUAAUAAUAAUAAUAAUAAUAAUAAUAAUAAUAAUAAUACAGUAAAAUAAAGUGAAAUCUCAAAAAUUAAAAUAGUAAUAAUAAUAAUAAUAAUAAUAAUGAUGAUCUUAUUAAUAAUUACAAGAGGGUUUCAAUGGGGUUAACUGUUUAAUGUAUAAAAGCUUUUUUUCACUAUCAUAAUCGUAUAAAUUACAAAAUAUUAACUGACAGGCAUAUAAAAACAGGUGAUUUUAAGCGUAUACAGAGCGAAGGAGACCCAAAAAGUAAGAAAUUGAUACAAAAAGAUGAAGACUUUCUACAGUGAAAAGACGACAUGGUGAGAUAGAAUGAUAGAACUGUAUUUUGUCGAUAUUCCUUUCACUGUGUAAGGCUGUUAGCUGAUGUAUAUGCGACUUGCUCUUUGAUGCAACGUUCCGGUACUUGUUCGAGCCUGAGGUUGUCUCUCAAUUCAAAGUAGAUGGGAAUGAGGCUGGAGUUGACCUUGUUUUGAUACAGCUCCCUCUGCUUUCUUGUGAAAAUGAGGUUGUUCUUAUGCUAACUAGUAUUUUUCAAGCACAAUUUCUAUAAGAAAACAAAGGAGGUUUUGUAUUUAAAUAAGGGCCAUCUCAGCCUCACAUUCACUUGAAGGCUAAUAUAUAUAUAUUAUGCCCACAACUGUAAAAUGGUUUAUUGUCUCAGUGUCCUCGCUCCUUGCUUGUGUGAUCAAGAUUGCAAGGAUGGUGAGAGUGUCUAUAAUUCGGCAUAAUAGGACUGAGUGAAGUCUAAUUAGGCCUGUAAUCUUAUGAACGAUUACCGGUAAACAAAAUCGGACUGCCGUGUAGUGAGAGUCCGAUUUGUUGACUCCACUGAAAAGUAUAAUCACAGGUUGUCAAUUGGGCAGGAUGUUUUAUUUCUCCAUUCCCUUGCCUCACCUUGAACCCAUUGAAGAGUGUGUGUGCGAUUGUGUGCGCUGCUCAAUCACUAGGGUCUUAAGGUCCAAUGAUGCCACCGCAACAAGAAAAUCGCUUGAAAAGUGAGUUUGCACUCUUUUAGUCUUUAUUGCGAUUUUUCCUACGCACUGACUUUGUCAAAUGUAGGCAAACCCUGCUGGAGUUGAAUUCCUAUGGAACAUAUCCACGGACAUAUCCAGGUUUUAAAAGAGAAAUUAGAUUUUCAUCAUUGCUUGUUUAUGUUCUCCAUAAAACGUGAAAUUGGGCAUUUUCACAUCGUAGUAAUGCAAAUAUAGAAAAGAAAUGUACAAAAGUGUGAUGCACGAUCAAAGUUGUUGUUUUCGUGUUCUCUUUGCCGUCGCAUCGUUUGAUCUUUAAGUCCUUAUAGUAACACGUGACAUGUACUUUCUCAUUACAUUGUCCAAUUAAUGCUGAAGAUGAUCCGGGCUAACUGUAGGCAAUUAGAUCAGAGAAUUCUGUUAUACAUGUAGUUAUGAUAAGCAGCACAAGGACUUAAUUGUACAGAAAUUCAGAUCGAGCGUAUUUGUUCAAUAAUUUUAUUUACUGAAAGAGGAUGAAGCAGAUUGUGGUGCUGUACUGUCUUCCAGGUUCAACCACAGAUGACAAAUAAGGGUGUCGGGUAGGCUGGAUUUGUAAGAAAUAAUUUAUCUUCAGACUGCAUGAUUUGAUGAAGUGUUGAAGAAUUAAAUAUUACAAAUCAGUACUGGAAAAGUGGGAGAGCACUUGGGACACUUAGGGAAGUGAUUGAUUUGGAAACACCACCCUAUAAACAAUUUUGACGUUUGCAGGACUCACAACCAUGCCAACUAACUGACUAAACGUUUUUUUGCUGCUUACAGACUAACUAGUGUUUUUUUUAGCUGUUUACAGAUUACAGCUACACCCCAUUGACACUCUCUUACAAUAAUAAUGAUAAUAAGUAAAAUGAAACAGGAUAUAGAUUGUGCAAAAUGUUCCUUAUAUCAUGUUCAGAGGGCUACAAAAUUAAUGGUUAAAAAACGAACAUGUUUUGAUGUUCAACUAUCAUCAUUAUCAAGUCAAAGGAAAAGAGUUGUUUGGAAAAUAUAAUAAUUAUUACUUAAACAAUAAUUCAUAACUAGACUGAACUUACAGAUGUAUGUAAGUGUCAAAAAUAAUUGAUCAAACAAAGAGCAUGGCAUGGAUGGAAUCAGCUUAAUCAGCUUGGGAGUUCAAGAUUGGUUUGAGUUUUGAACUCAGUCCAAGUAAAUUAUUGUAAAACUGCCCAUUUUUUAAUUCCCUGGUACAUCUUGUUGUGCAUUAACUCUUUGACUUUUGAUUUUGCAUACUGUACAGAGUUUGCAGAAUUUCUUCACUGCAAGGGAAAGAAAUUUACUGAUUUUGAAGAAGUAAGGAAAGAGAUUGUGGCAGAAACUGACAGAGAAACUGGCAGCAAUAAAGGAAUUUCAUCUCUACCGAUUAAUCUUCGGGUUUUCUCCCCUCAUGGUGAGUGGGUAGUGGGCGUGAUUGGGUGGCUUUUCAUCACUAUAUACAUGAAGUAAUAGGAUUGAGACAGGUGAGUUUCAGUCAGUGAAACACGUGGCCUGGAAGAAAAAAUCCAAUUGGAUUCAAACCUCUGACCCUCUGGUUACUGACCCAGAUGCUCUAACAUUAAGCUACAAGAGACUCAUGGGAGCUCAGAGCAUUAAACUAGAUUCAUGUGCAAGGCAGGUUCUAACAGAGCCCAGUGGUCCCUGGUGCCCAACUUUUGCUUUUUUCAUACAAAUUCUUAUGCUGGGCACCCUAGAUUUUACAGUUUCAGAGCACUGGGUGCUAUUCAAUUUUCCUUAGAGCACAGCCUUGAUGUGAAAAAUAUCCUGCAUACUGCUAGAAUUAGUUGAUCUCAAUGCAUUUUACACAUGCAUGUGCUUUUGCACCAUGAUAGAAUGCCACUCUGAUCACUAGGAAACAGGGUGGAAAAUGUUAAUUUCUAUCUUCGUUUAGAUUGGGGUAUUUCAAAGGUGUCAGAGAAUCAGAAACACACACUUUAUCAAGUCAAAUAUUUGCAUACAAAAAAAGAUUGUCAUUCUUUUUAGAAAAUGUUUAAGGUUUGACUUCUUAUCUACAUGUAUAGACUGUUACACAGACCAUACAUGCUAUAAGAUGACUUCCUUAUAUACUGUGCAAUAAUCAGUUGGAAAUAUUUUUGAUAUUUAUUUAUGAGAAAAAAAAUUGUUUUUAAUGUUGUAUACUAGAAAUGAACCCUGUGGAAGUCCGUCUUCUUUUAAUAAUUAAGUGACACAAACUUAUUAAAGCCAGGUUUCAUUUUGAAAUAAUUGCGAUGUUUUUUUUGGGAGUGUAUCUUACUAGCAAAUUUUCUUAAAUGUUUUAGUGCUGAAUUUGACUCUGGUGGAUCUUCCUGGCAUGACAAAAGUUCCUGUUGGUGAUCAGCCAGCAGAUAUAGAAAUGCUGAUUAGAAGCAUGUUGAUGCAGUUUAUCACCAAACCAAACUGCCUUAUAUUGGCAGUGUCACCUGCAAACUCAGAUUUAGCCAACUCUGAUGCAUUGAAGAUUGCAAAGGAGGUAGAUCCUGAGGGUAAGUUUUUGAUUGCACUUUUUGCACUUGGCCAGUUUUUUGGAGGUGUGUAAAAUAAUAUUGCUCCAAAAAAAUGAUGCAGAAGAAUAUAAAAUUUGAACUAAGGAGAAAUUAUUUUAUCACUUAUUACAUGUAUAUAGUUCAUUCAGUUUUUCACUAGUCCUGGCCUCUGCUGCACUUACUGACUCUGUACAGGAAUAAGUAUCGAAAAGGACUGAACAUUGAUUAAAUUUGUCUUUCGAUGAUUCAGGUGUACGAACAAUUGGAGUAAUAACCAAGUUGGACCUCAUGGAUGAAGGAACAGAUGCCCGGGACAUUCUAGAAAACCGAGUCCUUCCUUUAAGAAGAGGUCAGAGAGUAUUUUUUUUUUCACUGUUGUAUGAAUUCACUGUAGUUGAAAAGUACUACUGCUUAAAGUGACUAUGGGCGCUUUCCAGUUGUCAAAACUGAGCCGCCAGACCAUUCCAGUCAUAAUGAAAAUUUCACUUUUAAUUUAAACUAUCCAGUGAGAUCAAUCAGAUCCAAAAUAGCAUGCACAAAGCAAAUGGUGUUCUACCAAAAAUUCUUGGAAAAAAGCAUUUUUCAUUGUCAAAAUGACUGGUCUGGCUGGCCAGUUCUGACUUUUGGAAAGCGCCCUAUAAUAGCAGGCUACACUAAAAUCAAAGUCUUUUACUGUUCUUCCAGCCCCAGUUGUUUAAAAGGUGGAAAAUGCUGUCCACUGAUAAUUCUCUAUCCAGUGGUUGGUGCAAUUGGUUUCCCUAACACUUAUCCACUGGGUAGUGAUUUGUCCAGUGAAUAGCGCAAUCCAGUGUUUGAACAACUAGGCCCUGGUCUCUGGGCAAACAAAGUUAGUUAAUCAAAGUGAGUUAACUGCCAGGGGCCCCUUGGCACUGCUAGAGCAUACCCUGUUAUUGGCAUGCUGAGUACAUUUUUGAGCCUAGUCAUCCUAUAUUUGUCAUCAAUGAAACUUUCCAGUGUGUCCAGUACCUCCAAGGAGAUAUUGAAGGGAUAUGCUGCAGCCAAGCCAAAUUACUGUUUUGCUUGCCAAUGAUUGCACCAGCUGGAGGAAACUUAUGGUUGCCUGCUUGAUGUUGAUGAUGAUGAUGAUGAUGAUGAUGAUGAUGAUGAUGAUGAUGAUGAUGAUGAUGAUGAUGAUGAUGAUGAUGAUGAUGGUAGCAAUAGUCAAACUUUGGUUUCUUUGCCAUAAUCAAAAGUUAAGCAGGGCUGUCAUUAAGAGGUGGGGGCUGGGGAUUUCCCCCGGCUACUUUGAUAGGAAAAUUGAAGAAAAAUGGAACCAAGAGAAAUCCCUAGCUGUUUGAUUCCCCCAUACUUGUUGUAUUUACCCAGCAACUUGAAGUCUCAGUGACAACCCUGGUUAAGAAUGUUGACUUUAUUGACUUUAUUAAUUUUUUGCAGGCUACGUUGGAGUGGUAAACCGAAGUCAAGCUGACAUUGAUGGGAGAAAAGACAUCAGAUCGGCUUUAGCUUCUGAACGUAAAUUUUUCCUCAGUCAUCCUUCAUACAGGUGAGAGCGUGAACUGAAAUCAACGUUCCAGAAACAUUUAGCGCUAUUGAUUUGCAUAACUGAUGUAUCCAGUUGGUACUGAUUCUUUUGGUAGAUAGGGCUAUCCAACUUUUGAGCAACUUAGGCCAGGCCUAUUAGUGACACUAUGGUUGUUUGUAAUUGGUGUGUUAUGAAUUUCACUUGUGGCUGGUGGUUCUUAAUCCAAAGUUGGAUGUUAGAUGUUGUGUUGUCUGAUCAGUGCUUCUGGAAUCUCAAUUGGAUAGCCUCAGUGACUGUGCUGUUUUUUUUUCUUAGAGAUACAUGUAGGGAUUUAUUUCCUGUAGAUGCCGUUUCAUAGUAAUGUUCUCCUCACUCUCUGCAUUUUUAGGAUCUGAAAUUGGCAUUCUGUGCUUGCUAAAUUGCAGCAAAUCCCAAAGAGAUUGAACAAAGUGAUUGAUAGACUUAUGGUCUGUUGUUUGUCAUGUAUAAUUAUGUUAGAGGUCAGAAUUAAAUUCAGGUAAAAGUUUUUUUAACCAAGGUUGAUUCUCAGUUUCCUUUGUCUUCUAGCCCUGAUUAUUCAUGAAUUAGGGCUAGGAAACAAAGGAAUUUGAGAAUCAACCUACAUGUAGGUUAAAAAAUUUCAACUUAAAUUUGAUUUUUACGUGUAACAAGUACAUUUACAAUGUACAUGUUGUAAGUUUUUACUUCUGUAAUGUUGAUUAUCAUUUCAGGCAUUUAGCAGACAAAAUGGGAACUUCUUAUUUACAAAAGAUCCUUAACCAGGUAAGAUGCAGGAUAAAAUAGACAUGUUAGAAUAUGAGAACAGGGCGUCACCCCCAUCUGUUUCCCCCACUUUCUUUUCUUGUUUCCAACCUUGCAUCAGUGACUGUGGAAUGGGUACCUAACCUCCCCACUGCUUAGGUGCAAAUGACUGGGUUACCAGGCUUUGUUAAUAUGAUGGUAGAGUGGCUUACAUGUAUGUGAUCAGGGCUCAAAACUUGAACUGAGCUUGUCCAAGCAGCUCUUACAUUUUGCUUGGCAAGGACCAUUGAAUGCGUGUCUUGGAGCGUUAACCAUUUGUCAGAACUGGCUGGCCAGACCAGUCCAGUCAUUUAGAGAAUUCCACUGUUACGAUUAUCUAGCCUGCAGAUCUGUUUAUUCCUAAAAAUUAAUUACAUGUUAAUAGACUGUACAUGUAUGCACAGGAGACUAAUAUUUCAUCUUCAAAAUGACCAGUCUGGCCAGCCAGUUCUGUCAUUUGGAAAGUGCCAUAGGUUAUUGAAUAGAUGUAAUUUCAAAAUGGCAUUCUUAGACCCUUACCCACUGAAAAAGUGAGUUACAUGUAAAAAGUUACUUGCCCAGCUGGCAGCAGGAAAAUCUACGAUGCACUUGCCCCAUGCUACUGGAUGGAACCUUUUUUGGGCCCUGAUUGUAAGAAGCCCCUUGAUGCUUAAGACACCCAUCCUGAUCCACUAUUUCGUUGUACAUGUACGAUCUAAAUUUUAUGUAAUUUUUCAGCAAUUGACUAAUCACAUUAGAGAAACAUUGCCAGCUCUCCGAAGCAGAUUAGAAGAGAACAUCAUGGCACUUGAGAAGGAGGUUAAAGGAUUUGAACACUACAACCCUGAUGACCCAUCCAUGAAGACCAAAGCCUUGAUGCAGUGAGUGGCAUACAAAAGUUCUUAAUUAACAAAUGAAAUGACCUAAAAAACUAGCCCUCAUCCCAACGUAAUUUAACCCUGGUUAAUAACGUCUGCGAAGCAGCAUCUGUAAGAUUCUUCAUCUUGUUAUGGGUGCGCAACGGAUUCAACAAAGUUUAAUUACCAGGCCCCAGUUGUUCAAAAGUUGGAUAGCGCCAUCCACUGGAUAAAUCUCUAUCCAGUGGAUGAUACAAUUGGUUUCCCUUGUACUUAUCCACUGGAUAGAGAUUUAUCCAAUGGAUACCGUUAUCCAGCUUUUGAACAACUGGGGCCAGAAGUGUAUUUAGAUUUUCCUUUCAACCUGAUCGGCAAGUUGACAAUGACUUUUUUAACAGGCCAAUCAUGGUCUGACUUGAAUCUUGGCACACAGUUCGGGACCCAGAACAAGGAUUUUGGUGCGUUUUGCAGAUGGACUUGACAAGAGUUUAGUUUCGUCUUUGGUGUAGGCUCAAUUUUUUUCUCGUGUGGUAAAUUGGUCUUAUGUAAAAAGUGAAAAAUUAAUGACAUGUGGAGCUGCUCACAAGUCUUUGACUAAUAACUGUUUUGUACCAAAGCAGCCAUCAACUUAAAUGAUUACCUUCCCUUGCACACGUCUGAGUACAGAUGUACAGCUGUAUGUGAAUUUUCCCUGACCACGAUUAGGAACCAUCUUGGAUACCAAUGACUGACAAAUGAAUAUAGAAAGCACACAUUUAAUAAUAGUAAUGUUUUCUUGAAAGAAUCAAGGUGCUAUUUUCUUUAUACUUCAUUUUCCCUCAUCUGAAACAUCUCCCACCACACCCCAUUCUAAUCCAUACAAUGUGUAAUUAUCAUUUUCCUUUUUGUAGUUGAAUUUUUUUUAUGUUAAUUGUUUUAUUAAUAUUGUUAUUAUCAUAGGAUGAUUCAACAGUUCAAUAAUGAUUUUGAGAAAGCCAUUGAGGGAUCUGGAGAUCAAAUUGAUACAAAGGAACUUUCAGGUGGAGCCAAGAUAAACAGAAUAUUUCACGAGCGAUUUCCAUACGAGUUAGUCAAGGUAAAAUGGCUGUUAGUAAAACAUUUAUGCAAUGUAACUUAGAAGUCAAUAUCCACUGAAUAUAAAAAGUUUCAAAAGGAUUCUUAAAAGUAAAAUAAAUAAUGUGCAGCGGCAAAUUGGGGGGUCCAAACUUUGGUUAAGAAAAGACUGUUGAACUUUUUUGUGGCAAAUUACUUUUCACAGAGAUGACCACAUGUUUUUAUCUAAUCUGUGAACGUCGGUUGCCGUUGGCGCGGGAAAUAGGGAGCUUUAGCAUCGACGACGGUAACGGCAGCGAAAACGUCAGUUUUAAAAUGAAUUCCCGUUUUUUCAAUCUUUGUCGCGUUUAUUACAAUAUUUUGACUUAAUUUCUUUGGUCCUUAAGAGUAUAUAGGCUGUGGAAAAAUUGUUGUCGAUUUGUACACGUGACUCACACAACAGUUCUUAUUUUUCUGCAAAGUGUGUACCGCUCGUGUCUGUUGCUUCACGCUCGUGCCCUCAAACCAAUCCGAACACUCCACAAUAAUACCUGUUGUGCAGUCUAGUGAUAGUCUGUAAUAACUAACUAGUGUUUCGUCAUAUGAAAUCUUAGGUUGAGUUUGAUGAAAAGCAGUUAAGAAAGGAGAUAAUGUUUGCUAUAAAGAAUAUUCAUGGUAUCAGGUUAGUAUUCUACAGUUUUUGGAAACAUGGCUGAUAAACACGACGAGAUUGCUCCCCCUUUUAGUUUUCUAUUCUACUUUGGGUUAAUUAGCUAAUUUAAAAAAGGUGGACAAAUCCAUCCGGUGAAUAACGCAAUUGCUUUCCCUAGUACUUAUCCGCUAUCCUGCUUUUGAACAACCGGGGCCAGAUUCCAGAUUCUAUAUAGGAUAGAUUUUCUAUAUUUACCAAAUAAUCUCCAGAAAUUGUGGUGAACAAGUUUCUCCAGACGCUUAUUUUGGAAACCAGGCUAAAUAGAAAACUCGAAUCCCAAAUUUGCCAAUUUUUAAAUCCCGUUUUUUUUUUGCUUUAGUAAAACUGGGGUUUUCGUUAUUUGAACUUCAUCCUUUCGACUUAUUGGAAUUCUUUUUUGAAACUUGACGAUAAUUUGGUGAUUGUUUGAUACGUUUUCUGUUCGUAUGUGAAUGCAGGGUUGGUCUGUUCACUCCUGACAUGGCAUUUGAAGCUAUUGUCAAACGUCAGAUUGAUAAACUCAGAGCUCCUGCUGUGAAGUGUGUGGACUUGGUUAUGUCAGAGUUAGUGAAUGUUAUCAAGAAAUGUUCUUCCAACGUGAGUGAAUUCCAUUUUUGUACAUUUGUUUUAGGGUACUAAGACAAUAAAACUCUGUAUAUAUCAACAGGGCUGUGUCGUGCACAGCUAUCUAGUUCAUUUUACUUGUAAUGCCAAGGUUAUUUUCUUCCCAACAAUGUGUAAUACAACAACCAUUAGAUUCGGGGAGCAAGGGUGGCGCAGUGGUGAGAGCGCUCGCCUCCCACCAAUGUGGCCCGGGUUCAACUCCUGGAACGCACGGACGCGUUUAAACGAGUUCAUAUGAACUCCUAUGUGCCUCGUGGGCAAACAAGCAAUUUACAAUUUUUUUUUGUAAAAUCCGAAAUAAUCCAGGUCUCGGUAAUGGUUAUCAGCUUCGGCCAUCGGCUCGGCAGAUUAUCCUGGAUAUCACAAAAACCUUAUCCAUUAAUGUUUUAGUAAUAGUUAUUAACACUCUUUUUGAAUUGCAGAUGGACAAAUACCCACUGCUUAGGGACCAAGUAGAGAAAAUCGUGGUGCAACAUGGAAGAAAAGGAGAGGCUAAAUCUAAAGACCAGGUACUGGACGGUGUAAUAUGCAGUGGUGUAUUUUUUAUAUUAUUCGCGUGAACGUGAGAUGCCGAGGGUGUGGUAGUAGGCAGUAUUUUUGAGAGUGAUGUCUUAAUGUUUCAAUUCAAGGCACACAAUGAAAUGCCAUUCAGUAUUUUUUUAAAUUUAGAUCUUGGAGGAAUUUCUUUGGUAAAUGUCUUUUGAGGAUGAAAGACGCGAGAAAACAGUUUCUAAGCAGUUCUCGGCGAGAACCCUUUUCUAUCCCAACCGACCAUGAAGAAAAAAUAAAAUUGCGUUGUUGUUUUACUGUCAGUUUUCAAAACUGUUUCUGGUAUUAUUUUGAUUGGUUUCACAAGAAGCCUUACAUUCUUCUCUUGUUAGGUUAAAACGUUUAUCGACAUGGAACUUGCUUACAUUAACACGAAUCAUCCGGAUUUUAUCGGAUACGCAGAGUAAGUAUAUCGUAAGAUAGACAUUUCAGUCGGUCAGAUACUAUUUUUGGCCAAUCGUAACAGUUCAUAAUCGGAGGAAAAUUUCUGUCAGCAGUUUUUCACUGUGUAAAAAUGGGGUAUUUGGCUUCAAAUGGUUAUAAUCGUUCAUGAAAAAAAAUGACAACUCAAUAAUGAACUGGUCAACAAAGUAAGAAUUUUCUUAUAAAUCAUUUUAGAACAUCUGAGGACAGCUUCCAAAUUUAAGCCCCCGGAGGGGCUAGUUAUUAUUAUAUGAAGAUUUUUGCAUCUCGAAUUUAUGGGGCUUGUAAUUCGGGGGGUUGUAAAAAACCGAAGGGAAAAUACCGUAAAAUUCCGAAAUAAGCCCCUCCAUGUAUAAGCCCCUCCAAAUAUAAGCCCCCCAAACCGGUAACGCAAAAAACCCUCCGUCAAAUCGCCCCUCCGAAUAUAAGCCCCCCGGAGCUUGUAUUUGGAAAAUUGCCCUCAAAGACAAAGUAAAACAAAGCAAAAACGGUAAAUUUACUUCCAACUACAAGGCUAGCCCAAUCGAUUUUGAAACGCAAAUUUCCCUCCGUAGAUAAGCCCCUCCAAAAAUAAGCCCCUCAAAAAGGGCCUUUGAAAAAUAUAAGCCCCGGAGCUUAUUUUCGGAAUUUCACGGUAUGCGGAAUUUUACGGUUGAGCAGGUAUCAAGCGCCGAAGAAUACGUGCGAUCAAUACACAACUGGGGUUGGAUGUACUUCUGAUUGGUUUAAACAUAGGCACGUUUUACGUGCAUGAGCUAUUUUGAAUGCUUCAGUGUAACAGUAUCGGCAAUCUACCGUCUUAAUCCUAAAGUAAGGCUAUGUUUUGUGCGAAAUUGGGUAUUGCUGUACGUUAAUGAAAACGAGAACCGCAGCGCAUAGCUUAUUCGAUCUGAUAAAUUCACUUUUCUUUGUCUUUCCUUAAGACAUCUGGUGCAAAAUAAACAAAUUGUUAAAGUACUAUGAAUAUCAACUCACCAAAACUCGCUUAGAGGGAAGACUUGAAGGUUUCAAGGUUUCCUCAUGGUUUCUUAAGAUAAAGAAGGUCGUCGAAUGCCGAAUAGCUAAGAUUUUCAUCAUCGGUGUAGAUGGUUGCAUCGUCAUUAUUCACGAAGUUAUCACGUGCGAUUCUACUUUAAUGAAACAGUCUUUAACUCUGACCACUUAAUUCUAAGAGUGUUAUGAGUUUUUGCUUCUUAAAAGAAAAGAGCCUUUUCUUAGGCACUAGUUACAAAACUAAAGAUGUCUUCAUACGUUCAAGUUACUACUAUUGCGUGAGAAUCACACAGUUUGCACGUGAAAGUGUCGUACUUGCCCCUUUCGUGGUUCGUACGUGAGGGAAUUCGAGUUAUCACACAGCAAUCCAGUAAACAGAAUUAUAAAAAUAACUCAUGCACACAAUUUGCACGUGAAGAGGUUGGACUUUAGCCCUUAUACAAUUCGUUCGUAAAAAAAAAAAAGCAAAUUGUUUGCUAGAAAAUUUUCUCAAACUAUUUUAAGAAAUCACCUCGGCUUUACAACAUCUGCAAUUAAAUUAUGCUUCAUGCAACGUCAAGGUUGAUAGCCUAACAUUUAUUAACUUCCAACAAAAUUAUCAACUGAAACUGCCGAAAUGUAUUUCUACUCAUAUCAUGUUAUUCCUCUCAAUAAAACAAUAUCUUAAUCUAAUUAGUGUCAACUAGCUUCCUCCAAUUUAAUUCCCUAACGCAACUAGCUAUUUCUACUUAAAGCCUGGUUUCCACUUGUCGUUUGUCGGUAGUCGGUUAAAAUUUUCGAUCUUUAUCGGUUGUCGGUAAAUCUCGGUCAAUAAGAAAAAACGCUUGUAAAUUAUUAAUAUAUUUUUUAUGUAUUUCACCCAGUUUCAAGACUUUGAUUCCUAAGGAAAAGACUUGGUAAAAUACAUCAUCCUCUCCAGUCAUGUCCAAUACUGCCGCACUGUUACGGACCGUUAAGAGCAGUUAACGGACCGUACGUUCUGCACAAACCGUCACUAUUACUCACGGUCCGUAUGCUGAGCACAUACGGAGCGUGCAUCUCAUUAUUACAUGAGGGCACAAUGCGUUACGGUUCGUUCGAUCCGUACGGUCCGAAGACAUACGGAGCGUGCAUCUCAUUAUUACAUCAGGGCACAAUGCGAUACGGUUCGUUCGAUCCGUACGAUCCGCACGGCAAGAAAGGCGCACUCCUACUGUAAUAUUCCUUGUUCUAUAAACCAUAAACCAACACAAGCGCAAAAACCAAGAAAGGCGCACUCCAAAUUUUUAUUAUUCCUCGUUCGGUUCCACGUUCUAUAAGCCAUAAACCACAACAAGUGCGCUCCAAAUGUAAGAUUCCUCGUUCUAUAAACCUAACCUACAACAAGCGCGCUCCAAAUGUAACAUUCUUCGUUCUAUUAGCCACCAUCCGCACGGCAAGAAAGGCGCACUCCAAAUGUAAUAUUCUUCGUUCUAUAAACCAUAAACCAACACAAGCGCAAAGCCACACAUUCCUCGUUCUAUAAACCAUAAACCAGCACAAGCGCAACAACCAAGAAAGGCACACUCCAAAUGUAAUAUUCCUCGUUCUAUAAACCAUAAACCAACACAAGCGAAAAGCCACACAUUCCUCGUUCUAUAAACCAUAAACCAACACAAGCGCAACAACCUAGAAAGGCACACUCCAAAUGUAAUUUUCCUUCCUCUGUAAAUCAAAACAACCCAAAAACCACGGUAUGCACGCUCUAAGUUUUUAUGCUUGUGUCUAAAUGUGAUGUUGUUGUAAGUAAAAAACCAAAACAAGCGCGCUUGAAAUGUAAGAACAAUCGUCAAUAAGUUUAUAAUUAAUAUAAGCACGCACCGAAUGUAAAGGCAAGAUAAGCAAGCACCAAAAAUGUAAUAUUCAAACGUAGUAUUUCUUUAUAUAACCAAGAUAAGCAUGCUCUAUAUAAAUUUAAUGUUCCAUCUCUAUACGCCAAAAACAAAAGAAAGCGCACUUUAAAUGCAAAUGUUCUUCGCUUGCUUUUCUUACUACGUUUGCUGCACAAAACAAAUGUCAUUUUCGUUAUAACACUGCUCCUCGUUCUAAUGUCACAAACGAGGGCACGCGCGCUUCAAAUGUAACAAUCGCCUCGUUUUAUAUAAGCUGUCAAAUUUUUCGCAAUAAGCACGCAGUACUUUAUAUACUGAUAAACAUGCUCUAUAUCAAUUUAAGUUUCCUCUUUCUAUACGCCAAAACAAAAGCAAGCGCACUUUAAAUGUAACUUUUCUACGGUAAAACUGUAAGAACAAUCGUCUGCAGUUUAUGAAAUAGGAAUGUUGAUGCGAACAUAUUUUCACAACGAAGUAUAGUCGUCAAAUACUACUUAAAAAGUACUCUUAUUGGUUAGAGACUUUUAUUCUUUUGGUGGCUCCUAAAAGAGCCUUUUUUUUGUGUCCUGUAGUGCAGGGUUUUUCCUUCUUUUAUGAUUUUUCUUGGAUUUUCUAGGUUUUUCUGCUGCGUCUUGUUGGUGCUGUGAUUACUGUUUCGGUAGUCCAUUUAAAUACAAAAGUUUGUUGUGGUCUACGUCAAAGUAGAACCGUGUUCCUCUCCUUUUGUCGAUCCGUUCGAUCCGUACGGAUCGACAAACCGUAUAUAACCACUCUUGCCAUGAAAAUAUUCUAAGUCCCACUAAUUAGAUGCUAUUUACGGACCGUAAAACACUCUUUACAGAGCGUAUAUCCCUUUUGUCGAUCCGUUCGAUCCGUACGGAUCGACAAACCGUAUAUCACCACUAUUGCAAUGAAAAUAUUCUAAGUGCCACUAAUGAGAUGCGAUUUACGGACCGUAAAACACUCUUUACAGACCGUAUACCCCUUUUGUCGAUCUGUUCGAUCCGUACGGAUCGACAAACCGUAUAUGACCACUCUUGCCAUGAAAAUAUUCUAAGUGCCACUAAUGAGAUGCGAUUUACGGACCGUAAAACACUCUUUACAGACCGUAUACCCCUUUUGUCGAUCCGUUCGAUCCGUACGGAUCGAUAAACCGUAUAUCACCACUCUUGCCAUGAAAAUAUUCUAAGUCCCACUAAUUAGAUGCUAUUUACGGACCGUAAAACACCCUUUACAGACCGUAUACCCCUGUUGUCGAUCCGUUCGAUCCGUACGGAUCGACAUGUGGCUUAUACGGACCGUUACGGUGCGGGUGUAUUGGACAACCCUCAUUGCAUUUAAACUUCAUUAACUUGGUUUGUUUAAGCAACAUGAUCGUUUACUUGACCUUUGUUUGCCCAUGUAGUAGUGAUAAAAUCACCAAAACUUUUAUUGUAAAUACGAACUUGGUUUCCCUGUUGACGACAGGGCACAAUAAAAACUGAUUAAUUAAUGGACACAGAAAAAUCGCCCACUCUAGCCUUUUGGAUACUUAGAUUAUUUUGAGUGAAAAACUGGAAGGGGUGACAGGCUGCACUUCUAUUAAUUCCUUUAAUAUUUUGGCUCUAAGCAUGUCAUCCUCUGCCAUCAAUUUUUCUUUCUCAUUAAAGCUUCUUUUGAAGUGGACACUUAAGAGCUGGUACGUGUCACGAAAGGCAAUCUUUCUUUUCUCAGCUUCCCUGUUGUUUUGUUUCAGGGGCGCGGUAUUCUCUCUGUGAGUUUUACUUCUGAUAGCAAUUUGUCUUUCAAAAUUGUGCGGCUAGCCUCUGUCCAUCAAGCGCUUUUUGAAAUCUGAAAUACUUCUCCUUUGACAAAUCUAUUUAACACUUGCUCUCUGUGAGUUUUACUUCUGAUAGCAAUUUGUCUUUCAAAAUUGUGUGGCUAGCCUCUGUCCAUCAAGCGCUUUUUGAAAUCUGAAAUACUUCUCCUUUGACAAAUCUAUUUAACACUUGCUGGACGACAAGAGGUGAAAAUUAUGUACUGGAAAUGCUCUUUAGUUUCUGAAAACAAAUGUCGAUAAUGUCGGUCCAUGUCGGUAGUCGGUUAAUUUUUUCCCUGUCGGUAGUCUGUAAUUUGUUCUCGUUUUCUCGGUAGUCAGUAAUAUUUUUCGUCUUUUGUCGCUAGUCGGUUAACCCCGUUAACACCCCCAUAAAUACGUGCGUUGUACCGUUAGCCGAAUUCGGUCAGAAAUGUCUUGAAGCAGCAUCCACACUAAAAUAUGAACCCUUAAACAGCUGCAUCACUGUACACAGCGUUUAAAUCAUGAAGAUAUUUAAUGUAAUGGUUCUAAACACCUGUAGCCGUAAUAAAAGACAAAAAAAUUGUGAAGAAUCAAGAUGGCGGUCUCAAAGUGCCCUUGUUCGACCUUUAGCAAUGCUAUAUUUAAUAAAUGCCAAGAUCUCAUUGGUUCCUAAGCAUCAACUCAUAGUACCUUCAGCCUUAUUGGCUCUUGCAACAUACAUCCGAACAUGCAAAGCCACAAAGAUACAUACGCUCACACCACUGACAUAUGAGCUAUUUUUUCAAAAUAGCUCAAAAAGUGAAGCGACAGUUUUCAGCCAAUUAAAAAGUGAAGAAAAGGGAACCAAAACCAACCUCGAAAUGCUUUUAAUUUUGUUAAAUAGCCGUGUACAAAAGUGACGGUAUUAUUAGAAUAGUCCUGACUUUUUCAUGUAUGUUAACUGUUUACCAGCAGUAAAAAGGUGAUUUGUUCUUUUUUUUUUUCUGAUACUACCUUAGGGCAUCAAAUAACUCCAAUCCAGGCGAAAGAAAAACAAAGAGAACUGUAUCCAACCAGGUUUGUGCUUAAAGAAACCAUUCUUUGUGCAGCAGACUUUCUCACUUCUAUGUCCUCUCACACUCACAGCGCUCAAUGCAACGGUGCAUGCUAAGUUGUUAGCAGAGCCAAAAUUAUUGAUAAAACCAUCGAGCCCUAAACUUCGCAAGUUGCAUGUAAAUGGGAUGACCAUAUAACACACCCAGGGAGACGAUGUGCACAAGAUUUUUCCUAAGAGCCACCAAAUGUGUUGGUUUGCUUUCAUUCAAUAAUCGUUUCUUAGUGAACGGAUACUAGGGCGUGUGCUGUUUGCCUGAUUGUUUAUUUCAAGGUUGAAGCUCUCGUGAGCGGAGACCCUCGGAACAUGGGAGUACUGAAGCAUGGCUGCUUACGGGAAUUUGAAAAUACAGAGUUUAUAUGAGAGUCGAGAGAAAACGGGGAUUUGUGAAGGUGGCCGUAAGUAGAGCUGUUGCCCGCUUACGAGUGUCCUCCAGGAGAGCUUUCGCUGUAUUUCUGUUGUUUCCCUCUUCUUCUGGUACAUGGUUACUGGAGCAUGGCCGCUUACGGGAAUGUGAAAAUACAGAGUUUAUAUGAGAGUCGAGAAAAAACGGGGUUUUGUGAAGGUGGCCGUAAGUAGAGCUGUUGCCCGCUUAUGAGUGCCCACUAGGAAAACUUCCACUGUUCUUUUUUUCACUCUUCUUCUUCCUCUUUAUUUUCUUUCCUUUUAGGUGAUCAGGAAAGGCUGGCUCACGAUAAGCAAUGUUGGAUUUAUGAAGGGUAUCAGCAAAGAAUACUGGUUUAUACUAACAGGUUAGUUGGAGAGACUUAGGGUUGGUCAUUUAAGCAAAGCCUCACUCAGUAGGCCUGCAAAUAUGUUUUAAAAGUUUUUUUGUAAAUAAUAAAUGGUAUUCUUGCUGGAAUGUAAGACUUCUUGACGCUGCCUUCUUAAAAUGGCUCAGAACGCGGUUUUGUUAAACACCGUUUAAAUUAGAUCAUCUAACAUUGUACGUAUGUGCGAUGCUGUACUUGAUGUUGGCUGGCUUUAAGUCUUUUGCAUUGAGAAAAUAUUGUUUGUAUUGGUUACUGUUUCUCUCAGUGAUUGGCCAAAUAUUUCCCGCUGCACUUCUUUGCCAAAAACGACUGGAAAAGCCCAAACCGUGGCUUUAAGUUGUUGCUUCGAUACGUUAUUUGCUUAUUUUUGUAGCCAGGACUUGUGUUGGUUUUACGACACUUAAUUUAAAGCCGUUUGCUCAGAGUAUGGAUAUUUAAAGUGUUUCAUUUUUUUUCUGGGAGCCUUUUGUACCGAUUUCAUUCGACUUUUUGUCAAGUCACCUUGACAUUUAAGUCUGGUGACAAGUUGUUUUGGAUUGAUGUUUUUAUAAAGUUAAUUAUAUUGCUUCGAUCAAGAUUUCGCGUUGAGAAUCAAUGUAGGCAUGUACCGUAUUUACUCGAUUAGCGCCCAUCCUCGAAUACGCGCCGACCCCGAAGCACCCACCCUGUAGGUAGGAAAGGUAACUGAGCGUCAGUGAUCACAGUACUAUUGUUCACACAUCAAUACUUAAAUUGUAUUCUAGUUUCAGAGUUGAUGCAGGUGGGGUUAAGAAGACCUCCAUUUUUAUCCUCACUCUUAACUUUGACCAAACUUUAUAUCCUGGCGUUAGUAUGAUGUCCAUUUCAUUUUCAUUUCAUUUCAUUUCAUUUCACUUUUUUUAUUUUUAGCCGAAACUCUUUCCUGGUACAAGGACGAUGAGGUAGGUUUCAAACUUAUUAAAGAAACCUGAGGUCAUGUUACAGGGCACGUUUCAGGGAUGAAAUGAAAAGACAAAUCUUUUUGUGGGUGGUUAUACUUCUGAAGUAGGGAAACGCAAACUAUUUUUGCGGGUAAUAUGUCCCCUUAACAUGUGGCAGUUCAAAUAACUGUCAGUUAAGCAAAAUGUUGAGAGGCCGUUUUUACGGUUGUACAGUGCUUCUCUGCAACGCUUUCAAGCGUAAUUUGGCCAGUCAGAGGCAGAAUUCUGUCUCCCCGCUAAACGUCCCUGUGACAUGCCUGUUUUGCGUGUGCUUGCUGUUACAAGUGGCUUCGGCGUGUCCUGCAGUAUGACCGAGCGUGUUUAUAGAGCGUAUUCACACGACGUCGCUGCGGCCAUGUUGGUCUACCAAGAAAAUCCUGUGGGAGUUGAACUCUUUCCUUAUGUAAAUGCUUUCUUUUAUUCCAAUGAAUUUGCACAGAUGCUGGCCACCUCAGCGUGCAAAGAAAGUAAUGUCCGAUAGCCCGGGGCUAGUGGAUUUUGCUAUGGGGCUAGUAAAUUCUGUUUUUAACUUGCUUGACGGGCAAGUGAUAUUUUUUGAGCAAUUGGAAUAACAGAAGAACUGUGAAAUCAAUUCUGCUGGUCAAAAAGCUUUUGGGGCGAGUUGAAAUGAUGUCUGCGCUAGUAAAUGCUAGCUUCAGCUUGCCCGAAUGGCAAGCUGUAAAAAUGAUAUUCUUCGCACCCUGCACCUGAGUCAAUACGCUCUAUUCUUCUAGAACGCGCCACUUUAGAAGCGAUCACGGGACUGGUGCCGAACGCGUCGGUCAGCUAUUGGCCAGUUAUUUUUCAUGUCCCCAUUUCCAGCCCCAGAAGUCUUUGCAAACGUUUUUCCGACCCAGCUUCCCUCCCCGUUUCUUAUUGUGUUCUAAGACACGUCACGGGUCUGGGGAGAAUAUAGGAACUGCCAGGGAGCGUUCUAAUUGGUUUAGCGAAAGAAGGUAAACACACAUGGCUUGUUUGGUCGGUCUAGCGGACGCGGGAGGGAAAGCAAACUUGCUUUUGAGGACAUCCAUUUUCAGCAUUCCCCAUUAGUUGUACAAACAUUAGAACGUCGUUUUAGUGGGCGCGUGUUUAAUACCGGCAGUUGUUUUGGUCCCAAAGAUGCUACACCUCACCAUCAGUUUAACGAGUUCGAUUCACGGACAGUUCUCUUGGCCCGAGAGAUACCAAACACCGUAAACUCCUAUCUAUAGCAUGGGCAUCAAUUUUAACUACAAAGAUGAUCGUGGGGGAGGUGCCCGAAAGGUUGGUAGAGCUAGAUCCGAAGCCGAGAGCAACGCGUAACGAUGACAACCCUGUGAGUGGCAACCACCCGGGUACCUUAACACUGCUAACCAGUGUAACCUAGAGUUCUUACCAUAUACUUACCAACGGGACGAAAGGGAGCAAACAAGCACGAUCAACGAGAAGCAACGUGAACGUAAUGGACUGACCUCUGCCGCAAAGCUGUAAAACCCAAAGGCCCUUACGGAGCCAUAGGACGCCGCCGAAUAUCACAAGCGAGAGACUGCUGGCCAGCAUUGUCUCGAGUUUAACUUAGUCUAAAUUUCAUUAAGCCCUAUGUAAAGUGGACCCUUUAGUACCAAUAUUAAAGUCUGACUCUAUUUGCAGCGGAAAGGGUGACAGAGUCUGUCUGCUCUCAGCUAAACUAUGAAACAAAUAGCGUAUAGCCAGGUUCUGGGAAAACCCUUUGAUGUUUUAUAUUGUAUUCGAACCAGGAAAAAGAACAAAAGUAUCAGUUAAGAUUGGAUGGCGUACGAUUGCGUGAUGCCGAAGCAGGAUUCAUUUCGCGCAAGCAUGGUUUUGCUAUCUUCAAUCCGGAUCAGAAGUGAGUCUUACUGAUUUAAAGUGUUUUCAACGUGAUCUUGAUAAGUUCGACGAAUGCUUGUUUAUUGAACAAAGCGACCUUGAGCCUGUGGAACUACUGUCACAGUCGUCUGUCGUAAUUGUUCACCUUCUGAUACGUGGCUUAAAUGGUCCCUCUUACUGAUUUAACUCUCAGCAUGAUGUUCAUGUGAACAACACAAUGAGAUGGUCAAUAUUUUAUACCUGAAACUGCGCAGAUGAGUCAAGAAUUGUAGUGUGGAAUUUCUCUCUCACAGAUUUGCUUCAUUUAUGGCGCGAAGUGUGAGUUAAGCUUUGGUAGUCGUUAUUGACGGUGUAUAAUCUGGGACUGAGAUUGUACAAGACAAAUAAACAGUCCCUGUUGAAUUUUACGAUUCCGCGCCUCCAGAAUAUCUUAAAGUAGAACCAUCUAAGGUGCCAAAAAAGUGUAGAAAUCAUUUCAAACAGUGGUUUGCACUAGCAUGAUUAUCAGUGUCAAAUUAAGUGAAAAACAACUGUCUCAAACGUUUGUGGGAAUUGAACUGGAAAAAAAAUGUAUCUAGUGUAUUUUACAAUUAACUUGACCUGUCACAUUGCCUUAGAAACCUUUUUAAAGAUUACAAAAGUCUGGAGCUGACUGGAGAAAAUCAAGACGUCGUGGAUAGUUGGAAGGCUUCUUUUUUACGCGCUGGGGUCUACCCAGAAAGGGAAUCUUCAGAUGAUAAAAGUCUGGUGAGUUCCAUGUCUUAUUAUUGAUGGCGUUUGAGAGGGGUUAAAACAAACACGUGAUGAAAUAUGAGGUGGUAAUGUGGGCAAUUUUAAAGUGGUUGAUGCAGUUUUGUGCUGACAUAACAUUGGCCGAUGCGGAAAAUACCAUAAUAUUCUUUGUACUGCCGUUUCGGUAGUGCGUCAUGUAAACCUGGCUUUGCUUUAUCUUUUUUUCUUUUCGAAGAUAAUAACGACAAUCAUACCGUCGAACGGAACAUAGUUUAACAUUGCUCGCGUAACCUACGGAUCAGUCAGUUGUUUGUUUGCGCUGAUUUCCAAAAAUUGAUUGUAAGUUUUAAGCCAUAGAGAAGACCGUGAGUACCAACGUAUAAUGAUCCACGUGAUCUAGCGAGGCUCAAAAUAGAUCUUUUUUCUCUUUUCUCAGUUAAAAGAAAGCCCCUGAAAAAUCUGUGUGGGGCAGCUGAAAUGGUGUCACAGAAGAGAGUUGGAUGAGAGACCAUUACUGCUCCUUUCGGACGCAAUUACCUUAAAACCGUUAAUGCAUUUCGCGUUUUUCUUCCUUAUCAUUGUCGCAUUAACUUUUUGUAUUUUUUGUUCUCAGCAAGGUGAGAUAGGUACCCUGGACCCUCAGCUGGAACGACAAGUGGAAACUAUACGAACCCUGGCCGAUUCUUACAUCAAGAUUGUCAGCAAGACAAUACGGGAUCUAGUGCCUAAGACUGUAAUGUUCUUUGUCAUUAACAACGUAAGCUGCCUUCCUUACUAUACUUGAAUACGAUGAUGUCAUACAUAAUUCCGGUAAAAGAUGCUAUCGUAUUUCCGCGUGGACAGACGAAAGCGAUAUGAAUACGCUACUUGUGGACGCGUAUGUUGUCGAAAACGGAAAACAGUUCUCCGUUUUCAAAAAUUUCCGCCCGAUACGAGUACACAAGGCCUGAAGUUUGACCUGCCUCCUUCAGUGCUAGUUACAAAUCUACCGUUAGGUUUCUUGUAACUAACAGUCAAGAAGGCAGAAGUCUCUGCCGAAAAAUGCUUGCUAAAUUAAGAUCUGUUGUUUGUAACUUGUCGACCCGCUGCUGCGUACACCUUUUACUUUAAUUACAGGUCAAAUCACACAGUUUACAAAAGGCUGACUUGCUAACUGAAUGGUGGGUGGGUGAGCGAGUAUGGGGAUGGAUAAUUGCAGAUACUGAACUGUUCCCCUCAGGGGUGACAACCGUAAGUGAAUGUCUUGUUUGCUGUGUCUUACAUUACAGGUAAAAGAUUUUAUUGGCCAAGAGUUGCUAGCACAUUUAUAUUCGACUGGAAAUCAGGUGAGAGAAAGUUGAGAACAGCUUUGAUUCGCGUUUGAAAUACGUUUGGUGGAUUAGUAUUUUUCCCUGGAAUUGUGUUCAGGUAUUUAAUGUACUCACUCCUCAGACACAUCUGAAAAACGUAGAAUUCAGUGGUAAAAUGAGGAGGAGGCAGCGUGGCCGAGUGGUUUGAGCGCCGGACUUGCAUUUCGGAGGCCCCAAGUUCAAGUCCCGCCCUGACCGAAAGCUGGAUUUGUUCACGGUAGUCCCGAGUUCAAAUCCUCGGCCAUGCUUGUAAAUAGCCAGCUGGUUUGCCUCCGGCCAGUUGGGAUUCUGAACUCUGUUAAGUAGGCUUUUGUACAUUAUGCUAGCAUUUUUCGAGCAUUUUAGUGAGGCAAAAGCAUUGAACAUUAUUCGAGCAUUUUAGUGGCAUUUUCCCCGGAAAAUUAAUUUUUCCGAGAUAAUAAAAUAGAAAUUAACUUUUUUCAGGAGCCCAUGCCCCAUGAGCUCCUCCUUUUUUAAACAAAAUGAAGACAAAAAUUCAAAAUUCACAAAAAAACCCUUAUACAGCUGGUUUUUUUGGCUGUAUUUAUGAACUUGUACACGUUGUCGUUGUCACUUGCAACACUUGCACGUUUUUGUAAGUGUAAACUUUGAAAUUAAUUAAAAAAAACCGUUUGUAUAAUGAGCAUUAUCCGAGCAUUUUAGUGACUUUUUUGGGGAGACCGAGCAUUUUAGUGGGAAAAAUGGAGCAUUAAGGUGGAGCAUUUUAGAAGGGAAGUAAAAGCAUAAUGUACAAAAGCCUGCUGUUAAGUUCAUAUUUGUUUUAGGCAUUUGCUCGGCCCCACUAGCAUAAGUGCUAUAAAUACUGCCGAGGGUAAAUAACGGAAUUAUUAUCAUUAUUAUUAUUAUUAUUAUUAUAAAAGUAUGAUGAGAAACAGUUGCGGUGAAAGUGCUCCUUCAAAUGUCCGAAAUUUAAGGCUUUGUUGACCCUAUACCGAAUACCUUUUCGUGACGUCACGAAAAGCUCUUUGGUAUAGUAUGAACACCAAUGCGAUGUGUGACUCGCCACUUUAGAGAUGAGCGCGGCGCAGCUUCGCUCCAUUACAGAAAUGGCGCCGAUAUUACCGUUCUUAUGUGUGAAUAGAAGCCCUAUUUGGUAUGGUUUUCAUGCCAGCGAUGCAAGUGCUAUCCGGUAUAGUGUGAACUAUACUAUAGGUGCUAGCCUGGUUACUGUUAACCGUCUCGAAGUCAAAAAUAACCUACUUAGUAUGUGUAAUAAAAUGGUGACGAGUGAAAUUAGGGAAUAAUUUCACGCGCGUUUUGAAAUUAUUAGGAUUUGGACAAAACGCAAGUGAAAUUAUUCCCUAAUUUCACGAGUAUACCAUUUGAUUACCUAUUAAAAUCAUGGGUGACGAAUUACGUUAGCAAUCUUGGAUUUUUGACAUGUUUAUCCUGGAUCGUAUCGAUCGAGAACUCCAUUCUCUCAAAUGUUUAGACCUUAAAUUUGGCUUAUAAAGUUCAGAAUUUUUCAGACUUUUUCUGCAAAAUACCUGUUAGAAUCCUUCUUGAUGUUCUCUUGUGUGUUCAGCUUUUCUAAAGUGUCUUUUUGUGCCCUGACAUCUUUAUUCAUGGCAUUUUAAAACUUCGUCGCCAUCUUGACACUGAGACGUACGGAAGGGUUGCCAUGGCAAUUUUGUAAUUUCACAUGUGAAAUUACAAAUAAACGCUGAAAUUUCGCGCCAAAAUUAAGGAGUAAUUCGUCACCUAUGAUAUUACGGAGGAAACUAGCAACUUCUUUAUAGCUAUAGCAGAACCUCGAUAACCGGAGCUCCGAUAACUCGAAUUCCCCGCUAACUCGAACUAAAGUUCCUUUCCCUUGAUCAAAAUUUCACUGAAAUUUACCCCGAUGACUUGAAUUCCCCGCUAACUCGAAAUGUUUUUCGUUUCCCUUCAGAGUUCGAGUUACCGGGGUUCUACCGUAUAUGUACGGUAAUUUAAUCUCACCUGUGUUUCCUCGUCUUAAGUUUUAGAUUCUAGGAAUGUUACGAAACCACAAGGAAGACGGUAGUGAAGGCGUGUGCUUGAGAGUGAAUUCACGUUCUUUCAAUCUUCAUCGCCAUUAUUUCAAUUCCGUUUUGAAUUCUGCUGCGAAAUCCAAGUUCAAAAAUAGAGAAAAAAUGCGUCUUCUUGUGUUCACAUUUCCAUUGACAAUACAUCUCAUUAAGAAAUAUCACCCCGUAUUUUUGCACGGGACAGAAAAGAAAUGUACCAAAAUUUGUGCUGCACGUGCAGAGUAGUUGUUUUGUACAAGUUGAUGGUUUAUAAUGACGUAAACACAGCGACAAAAUUUGUCUUUUAAAUCUACUUCCUAAGAUUCAACUUAUGGAGAAUGCGCUUACAUUUUGAUAACCGUAGUCGGGUAGACUAAUGACGAUGAAAUUUGAAAGAAUGCGAAUACAUAUUAUAAAUACCGUUUUCCCUCCCGUCUCCGCCUUAGGCCCAGGCCAUACGUUGAACUUUUCAUGAGAAGAACCAAACUUAGUGAGUUAAAUUCAUGAAAAAUGCGACGUCUGCCUCAGUUAAGUUCGUCUGAGCAAGUUUGGAUCGUCCAACUCGUUCUAUCCGUCUGCUUCGGGCGGACAGACAGAACGUCUGAAGAUCGUCUCCGGGACAAACGUCGAUUGUCACAUGCGACGAACUAGACUUAUAACUUAAAAAUUUGUACGAUAAUAGGGCCAUUUAUACGAGGAAAAAUAAGACGCGUCUUGUACAUAAGACGCGUCUUAAAUAAGAUCAUCUAGACCCUGAGACAAGAGGGGGUCUCCCAAAAAAAAUUUUUCGGCUUCAGUUUGGUAUAAAAGUAAGGUGGGAGGGAUGGGUCCCCCAGGAUCCGCCACUGGUGUUAAUUAUGACUGUUCAUGACUCAGAAUGACCUGAUGCAAGAAAGCGAGGCCGAAAUAACUCGCCGCGAGGAGAUGCUGCGCAUGUUUCACAGCUUAAAAGAAGCUCUACGGAUAAUCGGCGAGAUAGACGCCACCACCAUUACCACAGCACUGCCGCCGCCUGUGGAUACGGGAGACCUGGACUCAAAUGACUCAUACAAACCUCCAAGGUUUGACAAAUAGUUUUCUCUUGAAAUAGACUUUUUACUCAAAUCCUUCUGUUGCUGCCAAACAUAUGUGAGGACCGCACACUCGAUUAAAAAAACUACCUUACAAGUUUGGUACGUUACAGAAAAUCCAUUUUUCAACCAAACAUCGUCAUGUUACGCUCCCAGCCCGGAUCCUUUCCCCUCCCAGGUUCGCCCAGGUUGAGUUUGAUCGUACGCUGAUUUCCCAAAGAGGUGGAAAAAAAUUUUUUUUUUUUUAAUGUGUGUAUAUGCUCCCUUUUUGUUGUUGUUGUUGUGUGUUUUAUUGCUCCGACUUAAAAGAGACGCGAAAUGGUUUAUAGGCAAUAUCUGGCAACAUUUUAUAGUACUUGUAAGAACAUUUCCAGUACACUUAUAAUUGUUUUUCUUUCUUAAGGGGAAGCAGACAGCCGCCCCCACCUCGACCGUCCUCGGGUGCAAAUCCCACACCACCCUCACGCCCUUCUCGUCCCGUCCCUAGCGUGCCAUCAAGACCAGACGGUACUCCAACUGUACCAAGGUAAGCAGUGCAUAUUUUACCACGCUCAAAUGAUUGACAAAUCAGUAUUCUCGUGUAUUCACCGAGUCGUUCAAAGCUGGGUUAAGAUAACCCAGGGUUAGUGAAAAAUUUGAAUUUAGAUAUGAAUGCUCAAGAAGCAAGUUCAGUUUAAUUCUUUUUGUCUACAAUUUGAUGAUUAGAUGCUCUAAAAAGAAUACAGAAAAUUAUCCGAGAAAAUGCUUUUGAACUAAAAAAACAGAAAUCCGGAUUAAAAUUUAACCCCGGGUUAGCGCUAAUCAGCCUUCGAAAAAGGCUAUCGAACAACCGGGCCCAGGUUCAAAAUUCACCAUCACAUCUCAGUCAUUGCGCAUAAGCAAAUAUCGACAUUCUUGUCCUAGCACAAGGUUCGUAAAAGAGUACGCAGGAUGUAGUUAUAGGAACCUUGUUUAGAGGUCUUAGCUGCCACGAGUCUUCCUGUAACUCAGUGGUAGAGCAUCUGGACUAGUAACCAGAGGGUUAUAGGGUCGCGCUCGGAUUUAUUCUUCCGAGCUACUUGUGUCAUUGAUUAAAAAAAAUCGUCUUUCUCGAAGCAAAAUACUCCAAAGCUAAGGUUGAAUGAAUGAGUAUACUUAAAUCGUAAUGUACUGCGAACUUUAACAGCAGUCAGGAUGAAAAUAGGUUGCAUCUCUUUGGACUCCGAUGCCUUUUAGAUGUCCAUAAGAGCGAAUACUUGAAAAUGAUAUACCUUCUUCCACACAUAGCAGUAACUUGUUGACGAGAGCCAACAUUUUACGGGUCGUUCCACAGGUCAAUAAAAAAUGAUCUGAUGUGAAAUGCGUCUGAUGUGUAACGUUUUUGUUCUUUUUGUGUCUGUUUCGCCACAGGAGACCCAAUGCACCAGCAAAGCCAGCUCCUCCGCCUCCAGUACCUGGUCGGCCACCUGUGCCCUCAAGACCUUAAAUAUCAGCUGUGUCUUUGCAGUUCAUAAUAUGGAACAUAAAGCCUGGUCCCAGUUAUUCAAAAGGUGGAUAACGCUCUCCACUCGAUAAACCUCUAUCCGGUGGAUAUUGUUAUCCCAGUUGGUUUCCCUAAUACUUAUCGGGUGGAUCGUGAUUUAUCCGAUGGGUAGCGCUAUCCAGCCCUUGAACAACUGGGACCUAGUUUCCGUAUAAACGUCGGGAUCGUCUAUAUCGCCCCGUAUUUUUGGGACGAUAGAGACGACUAUCCAACUAUCCGACUAGCAUAUGUAGAAACGUUAGUUCUGUCCAAUUGCACCAUAGGUGCGCUUGGUCGUCUCAAUCAUCUUUGCAAAUAUUUUAAAAAUUCUCUUAGGAUACCCGGAUUUGAAUAAUAAAUUCUAUUUUCUCCCGAGCCAGCCAAUCAGAGCACGCUAACCACUGAGCAGUUUUUAGUAGUCCGUAUACCAUUCGUAAGAUCUUUCUAAUCGUUAUUCCACUUCCUUCCCUACAUCUUUCUUGAAUUAAAUAGUACCUAAUGGCCAGCAACUCUCAGUUUAACUAGGUUUUGCGGAUCGGUGAAAACGAGAAGAAAGCAAUGAAAACAAAACAAAAAGCACAUCCUAACAAGAAAUAUUUUACGCCAAUGUUGUUCUCGUAUUCUCAAAUUUAAUUGUCGGGACAAAUGGAGGUUAUUUUUAUAAAUAGUUACAAGGUGGAAGUUGUUGAACGAAUUCUUUUUAGGUUAGUACUUCUUUUGCAAUGGUGAACAAGAUUGACUAGUACAGAAGUUCGGGCUUCCGCGACAACAAAGGCUUGACGCGAUUCAGAGAGAGCCUCCUCUUCACCUUCCUAAAAUGAUGCUCUGCCAGCAGGGUGAAGGUUGCAUCGUCAACAUAAUCAUUUUGCAGAUACUACUGCGUCUCUUAUUUCUCUUCAAAGUUACCGGGGUGGCAUUAAACGCCAGGGCGCUCUCGCACAGUGCACCUUAUUAGACUGGUAUAGUAACAAUUAUUGUGAUUAAAGUGGCCCAAUGAUAAACAACCUUUUGGUUUUUCAUAAAUGGAAAUAUACGUAUACCAAAAAAACAAAUUAUCUUUAAACACACUUAACCGAUUUAGCCCGCGAAGAAAUGAUGAAUUCAGGUCUUCAGCAAUUUUGCAUGAAAACAAGAUUGUCUCUCAUUUUGUCAUGCUAAACUCUUUAGGAAGGUAAAAAAUGCUGUUGCCCUUUUGUGGUUUAACCCUUCUGAUUCUUAGGAGAGUAGUUAAGUUUUCCCUUCUCCUUCGACAAAUUACCACAGUACCUCCUCUGUCUCUUUUCUUUUCCAAUGCCAGCCGAUUCCAUCAAAUCAUUUUGUCGAGUUUUGCUGGCCUUGUAUAAGCAUGGCAACAACAUGUAAAUAGAUAUAACAAUGCAGGAAUAAUUAAAGUGAAUAUUGGCGUAGUUAAUACCGGUUUACGUAGUUAUUUUUGUUCCGCC